AUGCAGCGAAGCCCCACGGUACCAACAACUCCCAAGGUGCACUUGCCUCCACUGGAAUUGGGAUAUAUCACCCAUAGAUUACGGAAAGAACACAGACAUGCUGGUCUCGUAAUCAAUUCUGCCCCAGGCUCCAAACGAAGAUCCCUGACAAGACUCAGUAGAGGGUCUACUACUCCUAGGAGACAUAGUGUAAGUAAUCUUUUUGAUGAUGAUAAUGCUCCAUAUACGCCUACUAGAGUGAUGUCAUCAAGUCGACGACUUAGUGAAGUGUUAGGAGAAAGACGGAGAAGAUCGUCCAUGUAUUUGUCUAGAACCGGUGAUACUGUGUUUCAAACAGAUUACGUUGGGCCUAUAAACUUGAAUUAUUUAAGAUAUUUGUGUAAAGUGACGUUACAAGAGAAGGAGAAGGGGAAAGAAGUUACUGUGUCUUCUCCACCAUACAUUGCUGUCAAUCCACAGCCUCAAGGAUCACCAAGAUUAUCAUUCUCAAAAUCUAAUCCACUUACAUCCAAGUUCUCAUCGCCACUACAUGAGGAUCAAGUGGACUAUAAUGAGUCGCUUCCUCUUCCAAGUGAUGCGGAUACUAUACUCAAAUCUCCAGACUUGGGUAUUCUUGCAGAUCAAUUUGAUCAUGAGUAUGAAAUGAAUCUAAGAGUACCCCAUAAGAAAGCUGAGCUACUGGUUACUCCUCCUCCUAAGAAGCUAUCAUUUUUAGAACGUAUACUUGAAUCUCAGCGGAAUUCCCAUAAGGGACAAGACGUUAGAACUCCGGAAAGAGAUCCAAUGGAAAUAUACAAAUUGAAUAAUGAUGUUUUCAUGAUACCCGAAGGAGAGCAUAUUCCCGAAGAUCAGUCAAAUCUGGACGCUGGCGUCGAAGACACAAAUGAAUUAGAAAGACAUAAUGGGGAGGAAGAUAACUUUGGUAUGGGAUAUGGACGUGAAGAAGAAGAAAUAAAGUCAUAUGCUGAAAAUCCUUCUGAACCAUUAAGGCUUUCCUUCACACCUAUAAAGACACUUACUACUAAUGAUACACUUUUAAACUCAUCAGAAGAUAGACAGCAGAAUGAACCUUUACAUAUGAUAACACCUUCACCUCCAAGAACAGAAUUUAAUGAUAACUUUUCACCCAAUAUUCUUGUUGAAAAUGAGUUUACCGUUGAUACUGACUCAGGAUCAGAAAAUGAAAUAUCCAAACUAUUAAAUGAUAAACUUGACGAGCCUAUCAAUAGUGACACUGAAAGCCAGGAACUAUUAGGCUUAAGAUCACCUAUUUUACUGUCACCAAGUUCAAAUGAACAAGACCAACAACCAAUCACAGACCACCACACCACGCGAAUUGUAUCCAAGCUCAAGACGCAGAAUAAAGUUCCUGUCAUUAAUCAAGGCAUUCCUUUGUCUAUGAUUCGGAAUCUUGUGAAGAGUAUUUCAUCUCAGUGCUAUAAUAGGAGUGUGGAUUAUCCUGCUACUACUAAGAGGAGAAGAGGGCCACAGAUUAACAAGAGGUUACUCCCACUUGUCCAAGAUUUGUCUCUGGACUUUCUCAGUGGAUUAAUGAAAGAUUUAAGCGCAUAUGUUGAUCACAGGAAGGGCCUCACAAUUUCCAUGAAGGAUGUAACAUUGUAUACCAAGAGAUUGGAUCUUGCUAAUAGUAAGCUUCAUGGGAAUACAAAAGGGGAUAAUUAUAAUGAAGAUUCCAUUAUGCUAUUGGCACAGAAAUUCUUACCAUUGGAGACAUUGAAUGAACUACAAGCUAGUUUGAAGUCUGAGGGUAUGCCAUUAAGCAAGAAGAGAAAGAUCACCUCACAAAUGGACAGAGAACAGGUAAGCAGUGGUGUAGAUUAUGAUGAUGAUGAUGAUGAUGAUGAUGAUGAUGAUGAUGAUGAUGAUGACGAUGAUGAUGAUGAUGAUGACGAUGAUGAUGAUGCUGAAGCAGAAGAGGAACACGAUGACGAAGAUUAUAAUGACGAGGGCGCAUGA